GUUGGCAGGCAGCAGUCGACGGGAGCUUGGCAAGCCAGCUGUUAAAUAAGGAAAUGGCGAGUGUGUAGUUGGGAGUUUAUCGAUUGCGAGUGCUGAGAAUCGGCCGCUUUUUCGCGAGGUGCAGCUGGAUGCAGGUGUAGGAGCGGCGGCCUGAACAUGUCUUCAGUCACGUCGGGCAAGCAGGAGUUCAUCGUGGGGGCCAAGUACCGGCUGGUGCGUAAGAUCGGCAGCGGUUCGUUCGGCGACAUCUACCUGGGCAUCAACAUCACGAACGGCGAGGAGGUGGCCGUGAAGCUCGAGUCGGUGCGCGCCCGCCACCCGCAGCUGCUCUACGAGUCGAAGCUGUACAAAAUCCUGCACGGCGGCAUCGGCAUCCCGCACAUCCGCUGGUUCGGGCAGGAGCGCGAGUUCAACGUGCUGGUCAUGGACCUGCUGGGCCCGUCGCUCGAGGACCUCUUCAACUUCUGCUCGCGCCGCUUCACCACCAAGACGGUGCUGAUGCUGGCCGACCAGAUGAUCGGCAGGAUCGAGUACGUGCACACCAAGAGCUUCAUCCACCGGGACAUCAAGCCGGACAACUUCCUCAUGGGCAUCGGCAGGCACUGCAACAAGCUCUUCCUCAUCGACUUCGGGCUGGCCAAGAAGUUCCGCGACUCGCGCACCCGCCAGCACAUCAUGUACCGCGAGGACAAGAACCUGACGGGCACGGCGCGCUACGCGUCCAUCAACGCGCACCUCGGCAUCGAGCAGAGCCGCCGCGACGACAUGGAGUCGCUCGGCUACGUCCUCAUGUACUUCAACCGCGGCUCGCUGCCCUGGCAGGGCCUCAAGGCCGCCACCAAGAAGCAGAAGUACGAGAAGAUCAGCGAGAAGAAGAUGUCCACGCCGGUCGAAGUCCUCUGCAAGGGCUUCCCUGCCGAGUUCGCGAUGUACCUGAACUACAGCCGCGGGCUGCGGUUCGAGGAGGCGCCGGACUACAUGUACUUGCGGCAGCUGUUCCGCAUCCUGUUCCGCACGCUGAGCUUCCAGUACGACUACACGUUCGACUGGACGAUGCUGAAGCAGAAGGCGGUGAUGACGUCGUCGGGCAACGGCAUCAGCGGCCCGUCGGCCGGUACCUCGGGCGUGCCGCCCUCAGGUGAGCCCUCCAAACAGGCCUCUGCCAAAGAGCGAUAGAAGCGAAAAGAAAGAAAGAAAGAAUCAGCCAGCACGAGCAACAAGCAACCGCAACCUCUCCUUGUGUCUCCACCAGCUUAUCCACCAUCCAAUCAACCGAUUUCAUUUAAACCAAAAAACAAAAAAAAAGUAAAAUAUUCACAAAUUUCGGCACUAGGCGGACGUCAAAAGGUCUAGUGUGACGCCGCUCCUUUGCGCACACCCCCGCUGAACGGGGUGUUGGCACGGGAGCGAAGGACUUUGGAGCAAAGUUGUGCUGCUUGCCGCCCGCGCGCCGCUCUCUCCUCCGAGACUAAGCUGUGUCUUUUUACAUUGGCUUUUAGGUGGGCGGUAGAAAGGAAAUCGAAUCAGUUUCCCCCGUCUGUCUGUCUCUCUCUCAAAAAUGCACAGUUUGGACUCUCAGUGAAGCAGUGGACUUUCUCACCAAUCAGAUUUCCAUCGUAAAUGUUCAGAGGUGCGUCGACUGUCGAGCCGACGGCAGAGAGAAAAUAAAUCUUAAAAACUUUAUAUAUAAAUGCAUAUUAAAAUGCUGAUGAUGCGAUGAAUAAAUCGAAUUAAAACACACACAAGAGUAAUUAUUACGAUCAUACGAUAAUAUGUUAUGUUAUUCUUACGCCCUAAGUUUAAAACAACUCGGGGACCCGCGCGAUCCACGUGUCCCGCUAGACUAAUAAGCAAGUUUAAGUUUAGAUUACCUGGUAAUUCGUAAUGUAAUUAAUUAUUGCCGUUUUAUAUGUUUGAAAAUGAAAUAAAUCCAGAAUUACUUGAAA